AUGAAUUUAGUAACACUUAAUGUCAGAGGGUGUGGGAAUUCUGUUAAGAGAAGCCGAAUUCGCCAAGUGUUGCUUCGAGGGAAGACGGAGAUGUGCUUUAUCCAGGAAACAAAGCUGGAAAACAUGAAAGAGGAGUUAGUAAGAUCUAUGUGGGGGCAUUCGGAAUUUGAAUGGUCUGCCAAAGGCUCAGAAGGGAGGUCUAGUGGAAUCCUUACCAUAUGGAAGAAGGAUAGCAUAAUACCUGUGUUCUCAUUCAGAGGAGAGUGGAUUGUGGGGGGAGAUUUUAAUGCAGUAAAAAUUGAAGAAGAAAGGAGAGGCAGAACCACAGGAGGGAGGAUGGAUGAAAUGGUAGAAUUUGGUGAUUUCAUAGAACUCAUGAAUUUGGUUGAUGUACCGGAAGUUGGUAGCAUUCACACGUGGAUAAAUCCUGGAGGGACUGCAAGUAGUCGCCUGGACAGAUUUUUGAUAUCAGAUGGAAUUAUCCAAGAUUGGAACAUUGUCGCUCAAGUAACAGGGGAUAGAGAUAUUUCUGAUCACAUGCCUGUGUGGAUUAAGGCUAGCAAUUUAGACUGGGGCCCCAAACCAUUCAAAGUUUUCAACUCGUGGUUUCAACAUAAGGAUUUCCUCAAGUUUGUCAAAGAAGCUUGGGAUUCCUUUCAGGUACGUGGGAAGAAAUAUUUUGUGGUUAUGGAGAAAUUUAGACUCUUGAAGGCGAAACUUAGGUGGUGGAAUGUCAAUGUUUUCGGUUGGGUGGACCUAAAAAUUGAUAAGGGAGUGGAUACUUUGAAUGAAUUAGAAACUGAAUUGAUUCGAUCUGGGGGGCUGCUGAGUGAAGAAGAGGCGGAAAAAAGAAGAGACUCUGUUGAAACAAUCUGGAACAAUUUACAUUUGAAAGAGAGCAUGAUCAAACAAAAGGCUAGGCAGAAUUGGAUUCAGGAGGGAGAUUUAAAUACCAAAUUUUUUCAUGUGUCCUUAAAGGCUAGAAACCGUAGGAAUGCCAUAACAUCGAUACACACAGGUCAUGGUACUUUGGAGGAUGUAGGGGAGGUCAAGGAGGAUAUCAAAAUCCGAUUUUCAAAUAGAUUCCGUGCAGAAGAAGUUUUGAGACCUAGUUUGAACAACUUGGAGUUUAGGAGAUUAUCUGAUGUUGAUAGUGUGGAUCUGGAGGAAAUGUUUUCUAGGGAGGAAAUUAAGGAGGCCAUCUUCGAGAGUGAAGGAGACAAAAGUCCGGGACCGGACGGUUUCAAUUUGGAAUUCAUCAAGAAAUGCUGGAGCAUUGUAGGGGAAGAUUCAUACAGGAAUUUCACAAACUAG